GCCUUCACAUGAUACGGAGAAGGUAUAUCUACUAUCUUAACGCCACUUGACUCUUUUAAUUUUCUACUCUUGAUUUAUUUAUUUAUUUAUUUUUUGGUUAAUCUUAUUGUGUUCUGCUCUUUACUCUGGACUAAGUCGCCAGCCAGUGACAAGUGAUCUUAUACCAUUACCAUAUCUUACAUCUCCAUCAUCAAGAUGGUUGUCACCAAUGAGUCCAUUAAAAUCCAUCCGCUGGAGUAUACUCCAGUGGAAACCAUCCAGAAAAAGAUUGCCGUACUAAAGGACUCUUUUUACGACUCCAAGACUCGACCAGUGGAAUUCCGCAAACUCCAGCUCCGGAAGCUAUAUUGGGCCAUCCGCGAUAAUCAAGAUCGUAUCGUUGAAGCGCUGGCGCGCGAUAUGGGAAGACCCCCAUACGAGGCCCAGGUAGCCGAAAUCAUGUGGCUACUUGGAGAGAUUCUGUUUGUCUUGAAGAAUCUCGACAAAUGGCUCAAAGAUGAGCCAGCUCCCGAUAUCCCUUGGCUUUAUAAGCCAUUGGCCCCCAAAAUUCGUAAAGAUCCGAUGGGAACGGUCUUGGUUAUCGGUUCAUGCAACUAUCCAUUCCAACUCACAUUCUCGCCCAUGAUCGGUGCUAUCGCUGCCGGUAACACUGUUGUGCUCAAACCCAGUGAACAGCCUACCAAUUCCGCUCAGGUAGCGCAGGAGAUCGUUGAGACUGCCUUGGACCCUUCGUGUUAUACGGUUGUACAGGGUUCUAUUACUGAAGUGCAAGCCCUCUUGGCUGAGAAAUGGGACAAGAUCCUCUUCACUGGUAGCCAAACCGUCGGCCGUAUCAUUGCCAAGGCUGCUGCACCACACAUGACCCCCGUGGUCCUUGAGCUCGGAGGCUUGAACCCUGCCAUCGUGACACGUAAUGCUGACCUUCGUAUUGUAGCUCGUCGUCUACUAUGGGCCAAGACUCUCAACGGCGGACAAACCUGUACAGCUCAGAAUUAUAUUCUUGUUGAGAAAUCAGUGCUCCCAGCAUUGAUUGAGCAGUUGAAGAAGGCGUACAAGGAGUUCUACCCUAGUGGAAGCAGCAAGGGACCUGAUUUUACACGUAUCAUCAAUGACAAGGCUUUCCAACGACUAAAAUCCAUGCUGGACAACAGCAAGGGUAGGAUUAUAAUGGGAGGUACUGUUGAUGAAAAAGAACGAUACAUUGAGCAAACCUUUAUUGAAGUCGACUCCAUCGAAGACUCGAUGGUUAUCAACGAGACCUUUGGUCCUAUCUGCGCCGUCCUUCCUACCAACAAUGUCGAUGAAGCCAUCAGUCUCGCACGCAAAGUCCAGGAUACAACACUCAGUGUAUCCGUAUUUGGGAACUCAGCAGAUCACCAAAAGGUCAUGGCCGGUCUUCGGUCCGGCAGUGUCUCUCUCAACGACGCCCAGCCACAUGUCAAUACUCUGCCCUUCGGCGGUGUUGGUGAAAGCGGUACUGGUGCCUAUCGGGGCCGAUCCAGUAUCGACGUCUGGACUCAUGCUCGACCCUAUACCAACACUCCACGAUGGAUGGAAUAUUUGCUUGAUGCCCGUUACCCGCCGUACACCGCUAGCAAGUUGCGGAUGAUCAAGUUGUCGAUGGAUGGCUCUCCGGAUUUUGAUCGUGAAGGUCGUCAGAGUCGAUUUACCUGGUUGAAAUAUAUUCUUGGAGGAACUCCAUCUCGUGUUGCUGCUGUUGCUAUUAAUGAACAAUUUACGACUGUCAAUGUUGGCUCACAAGCCAAAUGAGUUUCUCAUUUAGGGCUGUGAUCGUCUGAAUCGAGCACUGCCCGCCUUUCUUGCCCUAUGAAUGGCAAUUCACCUUCGAAAAACUUUUGAUCCGAUACCCCCUCGUUAUUCUCGAAAUUGUGAUUGAUAUAUUUUCCAUCUUUGAAUCCCUAAGUCGUUGAUUUUAUUUUGAUCUUUGAUACCAAUUUCUUGGAAAAACUAACUAAUCUAACAAUCAUUUUCUCCUUAUUCAUUAUAGUCGUCUACUUGAUCAGAGAAUAUCUGAAACGAAAUUCGAAGCUUUGAGUACAAUUUCCAGAUGGGAAUAUAGUCGCUCGUUAGUUGAAUCCCAUCUUGGGACAGUGAGAACUGACAAUCAGAGGAAAUCUGUACUUUUGCAUCUAUCUACGAUAUUGGAUCCACCUCACAAUCAAAGUCUUUGCCUUUGGAGCUGUUUGUUUUAGCAAUUCGUGUACGAUGUAUGUACUUUCUAGGAAUUUGAUGGCUUUUUGGUCUUGAUUAUUCAAUCAUGUUCACUAGACUAGUAUUUGAAGACGUAGUAUUCAAAUAUUGAUACAUUUCCCGUCACUGCAAUGCUUCGCAUUAAUACAAAAAGAUUGGAGAAACUAAUCCAAACAAACACGCUCCAAUAAUCCAGAAUGCAAAGAAGGGACACUUCUUAUAAAAUCAAAAGAUAUGGAGACAGACUAGAAACGACUCUCAAUACCCCUUCGACUUACACAAAGAUAUUUCACACCUUUAUAAGGCCGUACACCCUCACCCAAACCCCGGCUUUUCCGUGGAUCAAUAUUUAUACUGUCCACUCGGAUACCCGAAGGUAGCCACCCUUUUACUGAGAAAGAGACAGUGGCGGAUUUGGGCAUAAGAGCUGAAUGGAUCUGUUCUUUACGGGAGGCGCUUUCCUUGAAAGGUGGGUUAUUCGUAGAAUGUGCGGUGGUAGAAGGAGGUGGUGUGGAAGUCUGGGAUGAAUUCGGUUUGUCAGGUGUCAAAGUCGAUUGUCCCUCGACGGCGGCAUUGGCUGCAGAAGUCUUUUUUGAUUUCGGUUUCUUUUUCUUCAUUUUCGUGGAUUUCGGUUUUCGCGGUUUGGAAGAUUUCCCUGUAGGGUAUGACUCGGAUGUGUAUGUUGUAGGGUCUUGUUGAUAUGAAUCGGCAUCAUAGUAGCCUUGUAACAGUUCUUGACCAGCUGCAAUCUCUGCUUCGGUCUCGUCUAAAUCAUCAUGAUAGCCAACGACUGUGCAACGUAACGUCGCCGUGCCGGAUACCGAUCCACUAUCUUUGGUGUAUAUUCGCCAUUCGAGAUAGUCGUCACCAGGUGAAUAAUCUGCUUCACCUCUACUUGGGCGCAUAUCUGUUAUAUUUCGGACUGCCUGGGGAAUAGGCACGUGAACAAUCACUUCGUCGAGGACAGGAAGUGAUGGGGUACCACUGUUGCUCCCGCCUCCUAAAAAGGAGGGUGUCGAGCUCCCAGAACCAGUACGUCCGGUAUUGGCUUGUCGGACGCCCGGGAAGCUUGUGUUGAGAGUCAAACGAACCUCAAAAUCUUUCCCGCUUGGUCCUAAUGAUUUCUCUACAGCAACAAAUGCCGGUAAAAAUAACUUCUCCAUAUGUCUCGGCGGCUCGUCAAUGCUUGGAUCUAUUGGGAGGAGGUCGGCUUCAUAUCCAGCGAGUAUAAACUUUCCAUCCGGAGGCACAAAGCUCAGCUCCCCAGGUCGCUCUCUCCAACGCGCAAGACG